UGGGUGGUGGCCGACACCCGAUACUGGCUGUGCACAGCCAGGGGGAUGAGUCAUGAGCGGUAGCGGGAAGCGAAAGCGAGACGACGGCGAAGAGGCGGGGAUGGAGGCGAUCGUGUGGCAAACCCCAGCCAAUCCUCCCGAGCCCCGCGAUUACAUCUUCCGCAACGGAAGGCGGUACGUGAGGCCCUACUACUUCGAGUUCAUCUCCCACGCUAAGAAAAGAUGGGCCGGAAAGACCAUUGUUGAUCUUUUCGCCGAAGAGUUCAAAGGACGUUCUUAUGACUACUAUGUCAGUGCUGUGAGGUGUGGAAGAAUCCGAGUGGAUGACAAGAUGGUUCACACAUCAUAUGUUGUUCAGUCAUCUCAAAAGAUCAGCCACUUUCUUCAUAGGCAUGAACCACCAGUAUUGGCUGGAGAUGUGUUGGUCCUGCAGAAUGAAGCUGAUAUAUUGACAGUCUACAAGCCAGCAUCUGUUCCUGUGCAUCCAUGUGGUCAAUAUCGCAAGAACACUGUUGUUGGCAUUCUGCAGGCUGAGCAUGGUUUGGCACCUUUAUACCCUGUGCAUCGGCUAGAUCGUCUUGUUUCUGGUCUUCUUAUCUUUGCAAAAAGUGCUGACAAAGCAGACUUCUUAAGACAGCAGGUUGAGGCUGGGUUGCUGCAAAAAGAGUAUAUUGCUAAGGUUAUUGGGGUAUUUCCUGAGAAAGAGGUAGUUAUUGAUGCAAAUAUUUGCUAUAACGCACGUGAAGGGAGGAGCUUUGUGGAGAUUAAUGACAGUUGCAUCGAUAAAGCCUUCAAAGGAAAGACUGCAUGCACAAAGUUUACUCGGAUUAAUACCAAUGGAAAGUACAGUCUAGUUUUGUGUAAACCGGUCACCGGACGUACUCAUCAGAUACGUGUGCAUCUCCAAUGUGCAGGCCAUCCUAUAGCUAAUGACAUGCUAUACUGUUCUGAGUAUGUUCCUUCCCGUUCUGCUAAUGGAGUUGGAGCUGAUAGAGCUGCCUCAGCGACAUGCAAGCCACCAAUGUCUAAUUCUCAUAAAGAUUAUUCCUUUGCUGAAGAUUCUGCCAGUGAAGAAUUCAGUAUCGAUCCUAUGUGCACUAAUUGUCCAAAUUUGCCUCCCAAGGGGUAUGAUGAAGAUGAGGAGGGUAUAUGGCUUCAUUGUGUCCGGUAUUCGGGACCUGGUUGGAGUUACGAAUGCCCUUAUCCUGAUUGGGCUCAUCUCUGCUGAUUAAUUGGGUUAUUAGUUUAUCUGCAGAUCAAUUUUCUAAUCUCGCAGCUUGGAGUCCUCCCCGUGGACCGGUCUUGCUGAGCCAAUGACAUUUUUAUGUCUUGGGAGGAAUGACCACUGCGAACUAUGGAAGCGUUUCUCCGAUAUUCUUAUUUAUUUUUCCAUAAUAUGUCAACGGAUUAGCAUACUGUUUGAUCUCUCUCUCUCUCUCUCUCUCUCUCUCUCUCUCUCUCUUUCUUUUUCUCCAAAACAUUGUAUGUUUGGGUGCUCGCAGAUAGACUCAGGAAUGCAACCCGACAAGAAGUUGUGCGCGACAUCAAGCUGCUCGAGGCUGGCAAUGCCGCUGAUCUCCUCCUGCAGGGUGUCCAUAGUCUAUUUAGAUGUCUCGAUUCAUUGGGCUCAUGAGCUUGGUAAGACUCGACGUUAUCUCGCAUGCAAAUAGAUUGUCACCCUUCCAUGCAAGUAAUAUAACCGAAGGUGGUGAACUCCCAAAUCUUCUAAACUAUGAUUCUUAAAGCAUCUCCGAUUUUUGUAUUCAAGUCUUAGAUACAAAUUGGAACAA